GGUCACUGAACGCGUCAUUCACACAUACGGAAGUGAAAGUGCAGAAUGCGUUUAUAUUUUCUUUCUCAGCUGGUGAUUAACUCGUAAAACAGCAUAUAAAGAGACUUUCUGAACAGCAUCGCCAAUAUGUCUGUCGCAAGUGCGAAACAAACAGUAAUGAAUCCAACGAUUCCUUAUGCUGGUACCAUCCUGGGCGGACUUCAACCUGGAGAGAUGGUGCUCAUUCAGGGCAGUGUACCUAGUGAUUCCGACAGAUUUCAGGUUGACCUGACCUGCGGGAGCAGCAUGAAGCCACGGGCAGAUGUGGCUUUUCAUUUUAAUCCUCGCUUCAAGCGCUCUCCCUACAUCGUCUGUAACACGCUGCAGAAGGAGCGCUGGGGAAAAGAGGAGAUCCACUACCUGAUGCCCUUCAGGCACGGCGCUGCCUUUGAGAUCAUCAUACUCGUACAGAAAGAUUUGUUCAAGGUGGCAGUAAACGGCUCUCAUCUGCUGGAGUACAGGCACAGGUUAGAGCUCAAGAAGGUGGACACACUGGCCAUAUCAGGGAAGGUUCAAAUUCAGGCCAUUGGGUUUAUUCCCAGUUCAGCAAGUAAGAACCCCAUCACACCUCAAAACGCAGUUGUGAGCAAAAGAUCACAGCCUUAUUCAGUCAUGUCGGAGUCAGGUGACACGAGUCUUCCAUUCAAGAGCAAACUUGCGAAAGGAUUGAGUGCAGGAGAUUCCAUUAUGGUGAAGGGGCAGAUCACUGAUUUCCCUCAGAGCUUCACAGUAAACUUGCGCAUCAGUAACUCAGAGGACAUCGCUUUUCACCUAAACUCUCGUUUCAAAACUGGAUCCUUUGUUCGAAACUCUUUCCUGUCGGGUUGUUGGGGGUUCGAGGAGCGCUCCCUCCCCAGCUUUCCCUUCUCACCUGGUCAAUACUUUGAGAUGAUCAUCCUGUGUGAAGCUCAGGAGUUUAAAGUGGCAGUUAACGGGUUCCACCAGCUGAGUUACAAGCACCGUGUUCAGGAUCUGAGUUGUGUGGAUGUGCUGGAGAUUGUGGGAGAUCUAGAGCUUAAGGAUGUCAAGAUGUGAUUCACUCCCCUACAAAAUCACCUCAAUCAUUGUAGAAUGAUUAAUUUGUCCUAAUUUAAACCAUACCUUGUUUUUUUUUUUUUGUUUUUUUUUCCCCAAUAUGUCCUGAAUUUUGAUAAAGUGUGAUCUGAAUGACAAGUUCCUCUUCAAAGGCAGGCAGAAAUGAACUCCUGAUGACUGAGAUAAACCCCAUUUGCUGAUUAUUAGGUGAGGAGAUCUGCAGAUGAUCUGAACUUGAACCUGGAUGAGGUGAAGUUGGCUCCAUGACUUCUUGAGUUCAAUAUUAAAAUUAAACAUGGUUGCAAUGGGUCAAAAAAGGUUGUAGACCCUGGAAAUAACAGAUGGAUGGGGGAAAAAAAUGCCAUCUGGCAGGAAGGGUUAUGCGACAGUAAUUGUACUGUCUGUCCAGCCAUUUGUUUCAGAAUCAUUCCAAGUUAAUUCCAGGCAUUUGCAAUUACAGAUUGCAGCUUUAAAUUUUACACUGUUAGGGCAGAAAUCCUGAUCUAACCAUAAACCUUUUCAAUAAUGAGUAUAAUAAAUGAAGUUGAGGUUCUCAAAACAUUUAAUUUUCCUUUCUGCAGAAGGUGUAAUUUUACAUCAGACAAGCAGAUGAUUAGCUAAUGAAUCCUGCACUAAUGCAUCUGACUUGGCAUAAUAGCUUUAUGGGAAUAUCAAAUCAAUAAUCACAUUUGCCAUUACGUUCCAGGAACUAAUAAAGAUAAGUAAAUGGUUUUUUUUUUUUUUUUUUUUUUUGGUUUAUAGUUUUUGCAGAUCUAUGCAAUUUUCCAACUGCCUAGAAUUGUUUUUUGCUACUACUAGAUUUAAGAAAUGUGUAGUAAUUUGUGAUAUGUUAUAAAAUACUUUUUUUUUUUUUUUCCUUUGAGAUCUAUUAAACAAUGUAUUAGAAAUAAGCAAUAUUAUAAAAAAUAAUAUAAUAAAAAUAUAAUAUAUACAUUUUACAA